AGGUGGUGCUGUCUCCCACUGCGUGCUACAUGAUUAUCUCCCGACGGUGCCGCAGAGACUUCCCGGUCGCUUUUUGAUAUUUGGCAACACCAUGCAGGAGAAAAGCAGCCCUGAAGGUCAGCAGCAGUGCUCCGAGUGCGGACACAGCUUUGGGCUCCCGCAGUCAGACCAAACCAAGCAAACGGACAAACCCGACGGUGCGUCUCGAUGUCCAUCUUGUCGGGAAAACAGCAACCCCCUCAGCCAAGGACAGGCCCAAGGGAGUGUCCAGAUGGACCCGCACAGCUGCUCAUUGUGCAGCAAAACCUUCAUGUCUUCAGCCCACUUGACCCUACACCUGGCCUCCCACAACAAGGAGAGGAGGUUCCAGUGCACCACCUGUGGCAAGUACUUCCACCAGAACUCUCACCUGGUGGCCCAUGAGGCCAUCCACAGUGGCGACAGACCCUUCAAAUGCCCCGAAUGCGGCAAGGCAUUUGGGCGAGCCGCACAUCUCAAGACUCACCGUCGAAUCCAUACUGGCGAGAAACCCUAUAAGUGUUCCUACUGCGACAAGGCCUUUACACAGAAGGCAGGCCUGCUCUCGCACGCCCGCAUUCACACUGGCGAGCGGUCCUACAAGUGUGAUGAGUGUGGGGAGACUUUCAGCUCUCUGCCCCUGCUCCUCUCUCACAAGGCCGAAGAGUCAACUCCGCAGGGGAAAGCGCCCCCCGCACCUGCACCCCAGCCUGACUCCCGCGCUAGCACCCUAAAGUGCGGUGUCUGCUGCCGUACCUUCAUCAGGUCAUCCUACAUCAGAUUGCACGUCCGCCUCGAAAAGGGGCUGCGGCUUUAUCACUGCAAAGUGUGCAACAAGACCUUUGCCAAACUGGAUACAUUUAUCAACCACUGCGAUAAACACUUGAGGCAGAAAGGGGGAAAAAGCGACGACAGUGUGGUGAAACCUCCAUUGUUCAUCCCGCUGUCAAAGUCGUCGCAACCCCCGGAGGUCGCACAGCCAGUGUCCACUGAAGUUACGAUGGGCUCCGGGGUCAAAUUGUGAUGUAAUCUUUUCACUGGAGUCCCAGGUGUGCUAGAGCUUAUCCCAUUUUACUGUUGGGGGAGAAGCUAGGUACAACCAAUUUAAGGGCUGGUGCAUCUCUACAAAUUGGAUUAUCAUGGAAAGCUUAAUUUAUUUCACUAAUUCAGUUCACAAAGACUUUGUAUACCAUAGUACUGUAUGAGUUUCCCGUUUUUAAAUCAACUACAGAAAUGAUAUUCUAUGAGAUUUCCAUUCAUUGAGAUGCAAAUGUUGACAAACAACCAUUCCCAACCCUGACCGACAACUUCUUCAAUGGACCUAACAUACAUGUUUUGGGAAUAUUAGGAGGAAUACCUGGAGAAAAUCCCCACAAGCAUGGGAAGAAUGUAAAAACUCCACUCAGGAAGGCCUGAGCAAAGAUUUAAACCCUCGACCUCAGACGAGUGAGUCAGACAUGCGAAUCACUAGCCAUGCAACCGAAAAGAUGCAAGUGAGUUAGUUAAAAACAUCCAUGACUAAGCAGAAGCUCAAAUUACUGAUGACAAUUUCAUUCAGAAUGAUUUUGUGAUGGAGUACCCAGUAGUAUUACAUGGCAGUUGUGGUCUGAAAUUUUUGCACCAUUCCUUCCACUUCUAUUAUAACUUUGAGCUUUCUUCUCAACUUGACAUUUAGAACGUUGGAUAUGACCUAUUGACAAUGGGUAGGACUCAUUUUCAACACUGAGCUUUUUGUCAAAAUGAUUCACAUUUUUGUACCAGUGUCUCAUAUCAUCUUGUGCUGGCUUCCUGAGGACAUUUCUUAAAAUUUAUGAUAUACAUUUCCAAAGUACUGUGCGGUAAAUAGAAGUGUAACAAAAAACGUGUUAAAUCGGUAAACCAGUUCAUUCAUAAGAGUAAAAAAACAAGAAACUCAUUGCAUCAAUUCCCUCUUGAACUGAGUUGCAUCAAAUUGAAUUGGAAUCUCACUGAAUUGUACAGACAUUCUACUUUGAAAUUAUUUAGAUUUGUAUUUUUUCCGAUGGGGAAAACAAGAAAAUCUGAGGUUGACUAAAUGGACUGUGAUCAGCUUUGGAGGUUCCACUAUUGUAUUUGUAAGAAUUUGUAAGACUCUUCAGUGGAUGUUCCACUAUUGUAGUCAUAAGAGUUUGUAAGACUCUUCAAAAUAAAAAAAA